AUGUCCUUUCUCAAUUAUCAACUUAAUGACAAUUUGGAAAAUGCACGAACAACUUAUGGAAUAACAUUCGUAAUUGCGCGUUCAUCAGCAUUGGUUCUGCAUAUUGAUGCUGCUAUGAUCUUGUUUCCUGUUUGCCGAAACUUAAUUACUAUGAUUCGUGCCACACCUUUAAAUUGGAUUAUUCCCUUUGACAAUCAUAUUGAGUUUCAUAAAGCUAUUGGAUGGUCAAUCGUAUUUUUCUCAUUGCUUCAUGUAGUUUCUCAUUGGAUUAAUUUCUAUCAAUUAUCCAAGGCAAGUGGUGGUGGUAUAGGGAUGUGGUUCCAACUUAAUUUUGCUUCAGGACCUGGUGCUACAGGUUAUGUGAUGUUAAUCUGUUUGUUAGUUAUGGUAGUCACUGCGACGGAAGGUAACAGGCGACGUCAUUUUAAUCGUUUUUGGUACCUUCAUCAUCUUUUCAUUCCUUUCUUUGGUGCUUGGUCUUUCCAUGGCGCAUUCUGUAUGAUUAAACCAGACCGUCCACCAUACUGCAGCGAUAUUGCUGUAUUUUGGAAAUAUUGGAUUGCUUCUGGUGUUAUUUAUGUUGGUGAACGUAUUCUCCGUGAAAUACGUGCACGCCAAAAAACUUAUAUUUCAAAGGUUAUCUUGCAUCCCUCACAAGUUGUGGAAGUUCAAAUUAAAAAGGAUAAUAUCGUGACUAAAGCUGGACAAUAUAUAUAUUUAUGUUGUCCAGAAGUAUCAUAUUGGGAAUGGCAUCCUUUUACUUUAACUUCUGCCCCUGAAGAAGACUAUAUCUCAGUUCAUAUACGUGUUGUCGGUGAUUUCACCAAAACUUUCGCUAAAAGGCUUGGUUGUGAUUCUGAAAGUGAAAAAAGAUUAACAAAAAACAAAGAAUUUGCAAAAAGCGGAAUUGAUAUUUCUUCAAUCAAUCCUGAACUUCAAAAAAACAUACCCAAAGUUAUGAUCGACGGUCCUUUUGGAAGUGCAUCAGAAGAUGUGUUCAAUUUUGAGAUAUCGAUACUUAUUGGAGCUGGUAUCGGUAUCACUCCGUUUGCAAGCUCCCUUGAAUGGUUUCACUCGUUAUUAUUAGCUAUUGAGGAGCAAGAUAUUGGACAAUUGAUUGAAAUUCGUACUUAUUUAACUGGCCAUCUACGUGACUCCGAAGUGAGAAAUAUUUAUAUGAAUGUUGGUGAAACAAAUGAUGCUGUUACAGGUCUUAGAACACCAACACAUUAUGGACGUCCUGUGUGGGAUAAAAUCUUUACAGAGAUGAGAGAUCAGCAUCCAGCCACUGAUAUAGGCGUUUUCUUUUGUGGACCAAAACCUAUUGGAAAACAAUUACAUGAAAAAUGUAAUUUAUGGAGUGAAGGCUUUGAAGACGGUACAAGGUUUUUCUAUGGAAAAGGUGAAUUUCUCUUAUCAUUUAUUUUGCUAUUAUAA